GACGUACUCCCAUUCUCACUGCGCAUGCGCGGCUCAGGGAGCGCGCAGCGUGGCAAUCGGCGGUGCACUGUGUCCCUCGGACAUGUGAUCAGCUGUGUCCAAUCACAGCUGAUCACAUGGGACAUGUACACUGAUCAUCAGGGCACUGAUCAUCAGUGUAGCCCCAGCAGCGCCACCUGUCAGUGUCCAUCAGUGCCUUGUGUCAGUGCUCAUCAGUGCCUCGUGCAAGUGCCCAUCAGUGCCACAUCAAUGCCACAUAUCAGUGCCUACCAGUGCACAUCAAUGCCACAUAUCAGUGCCCAUCUGAGCUGCCUUUCAGUGUCACCCAUCAGUGCCAGUCAGUGCCACCUAUCAAUGCCAAUCAGUGCCACCUAUCAGUGCUGCCAAUCAGUGCCACCUAUCAGAGACAGUCAUUGCCGCCUAUCAGUGCCAGUCAGUGCCGCCUAUCAGUGCCAGUCAGUGCUGCGUGUCAGUGCCAGUCAGUGCUGCCUAACAGUGCCAGUCAGUACCGCCUAUCAGUGCCAGUCAGUGCCGCCUAUCAGUGCCAGUCAGUGCCGCCUAUCAGUGCCGCCUAUCAGUGCCAUGUAUCAGUGCUGCCUUUCAGUG